AACAAUAAAAAUUUCAUAAUUCUGUCUUGUGAAUUUGUCUCGAAUCAUUUAUAAAUUUUAAUUGUACCACAACAAUUGCAAUUGCAAAUCUUUUGACAAGAUGAAACCUUUAUCACUUAAUGGUCAUGAAAGAUCUAUCACUAAAAUUCGAUACAAUCUUGAAGGCGAUCUUUUGUUUUCAUCAUCAAAAGAUAACACACCAAAUGUCUGGUAUACUAUCAAUGGUGAACGUUUAGGAACAUUCGAUGGCCAUACUGGUGCAGUCUGGUGUAUUGAUCCUAAAUGGGAUUCUACUAAGGUAACAACCGGUAGCGGUGAUUGCACUUUAUGCAUUUGGGAUUGUGAAACUGGUGGCCGUUUGAAUGUUGUCAAAACCGAAACUAGUGUCCGUAGUGCAUUGUUUAGUUAUUCCGGCCAUCUUAUUUUGUAUUCGACUGACCAACAAAUGAACAAACCAGCUGAACUCAAUAUUAUCGAUACUAGAAUUGUAGAUGAAAAUGAUGGUAUUACAAAUGUAUUUUCAUUCACAUUACCAUCAAAAUCCAAAGCAUUGUCAAGUUUGUGGGGAAUGCUGGAUCAAAGUUUCAUUUGUGGAAUGGAGAAUGGCAAAUUAGCCAAAUGGGAUUUACGUCAACCAGAUGAUCCAUUAUUGGAGACCGAACCGCAUAAAGCUCAAAUCAACGAUCUACAAUAUAAUAAGGAUCAAACAUUAUUUGUUUCUGCAUCAAAAGAUAAUACUGCAAAACUUUUUGAUCCCUUUACAUUGGAACAUAUGAAAACCUAUGUGACCGAAAGACCAGUAAAUUCGGCCAGUAUAUCACCAAUUUUCGAUCAUGUAGCUGUUGGUGGUGGUCAAGAAGCUAUGGAAGUCACACGUACAGCAUCUGAAUCUGGUAAAUUCGAGAGUCGUUUCUUUCAUCUAAUUUUUGAGGAAGAAUUUGCCCGUUUAAAGGGUCAUUUCGGUCCCAUACAAUCAUUGGCUUUCCAUCCAGAUGGUCGUAGUUUUGCAACCGGAGCCGAAGAUGGUUACAUUCGAAUUCAAUCAUUUGAUGAUGGCUAUUUUAAUUUCAAAAUGGAAUAUGAAUAAUAAUGUAUUUUAUUUUAAAUAAA